CUUGACAUGGCUUACUAAGCUGAAACCGGAACUGCUGCAGAGCCACUCUAACCAGGCAGAAACGAUGAUGAUGAGCGGGGAUUUCCAGUAGCGCCACUUCGUGGGGUAGCAAGGAAGCUCCGUUCAAAACAAACAUGGCGUUCAGCAAGUCGAACCAUAGCCUCCUAUAUUUUUCAUGCCCGCGCAAUGGUGCCGCGGAGACCGUCCAUUGCCCUCUCCUUUCCUCCUCGAUUUACGCCUCGGCUCUCCGCGAGAGGCGCUCACACCCCAUACUACCUAAAAUGCUGCCCUCACAUGCCAGACCGAGCUACGCGUCGAGGCCCAUCGAAGCACCCUAGCCGAUCCGUCAAGCAAGAGUUGUGCGAUUUCCGUCGUGUUGGUUGCAGUUCUCUAUCUGCAGUGUGGAAUCGGUUGUGGUGUCCUGCGCCCGACAAGAUGCCGUACUGCUGUGUGCCACGCUGCAAGUCAUCCAGUAAACAACGGACGCCGGGCAUAUCGUUCCACGAAAUACCAAGUGAUCCGGAACUGUGCGCAAAAUGGCUGAAAGUCAUUUCUCGUGAAAACUGGGUGCCGAAUACGACGUCGUGCUAUUCUACUGUAUGCAGCCGACACUUCAGUUCCUCUGACUUUAAGGAAGGUUGCAAAAUUCGGAAACUUAAGAAAGAUGCUAUUCCCAGCAUUUUCGAAGAAUAUCCGGCGUACUUGCAGCCUCCUAAAAAAAGAGAGAGAAGCUACGCGUCAGUGAAAAAGCGCGAGGCUGCUGCGCUAGCCAACCCACCACCGCCGAAGCGACGAGCAGUCAUUGAUGACAACCAAAUGGAGUCGUGUCCGCAUCCGCUCUACGAAUUGCCGGUUGUCGACGUCGUCUUUGAAGAUUUGUCGCCUGUGGACUGCACCGCUACCGAACCGUUGCCACCCGUGAAAAACGGCGCUAGCGAGCGCUGCAUCACCGCGACUUUGCAGAUGGACAGAGCAGUGCAGGUGUCCUCACAAUUCUCGGUUUCUACAGUGGACAAACGAAAGUGGAGACGCAAAGAACGAGACUUAAACGCGCAUAUUCAGCGGCUCAAGAAUACCGUCGACAAUUACAAACAAGAAAUACAAAAGCUCAAGGAAGAGUGCUUUGUUCAUGCAUUCCUCCAAGUUGUCGAGAAAGCGAAGGAGAAAGACUUGGCUGCGUCAGUAUUAGUAGAACAAGUUAAGAAUUUCGGGAAAACGAAACCAACGUGGUCUGAUCUGACAGUGCGCCAUGCUGUAGUUUUACGUAACCUCUCGACUCGCGCAUACGAGCACAUAAGGACUACAGGCAUUCUCCGGCUGCCCAGUCGAAGCACCCUGGAGCGUUUUAUGGGCACAUCACGUGGCGAAGUCGGCGUGACGGAACUCGCGAAGCAAAGGCUGUCAACCGAGCUCGCUUCUCAUCCCUCAUCGCAAGCCAGAGCGUGCUCUUUAAUUGUCGACGAAAUGCGCGUGAAACAGAGGCUACUUUACCAUAAACAAAGGGACGCCUUCAUCGGUGAAGUAGACUAUAUGGUGGGAGCUUUCCUAAGGAAACAACAAAUGAGCCUGUGCUAG